UCGCGGCGCGACUGGGCGCGAUCGCACACGGAGAAGGAAACGCGACGCGACGUAAGAAACGCUUGCUCGGAAGGGGAAAAAAAAUUGAGCACCACUGGUAUCCCGUAUUCGCGCUGUGAUCGUGAACGGAGAACGGAGGAGACCCGUCUCGUCGGUUGUCCCCGUCGCCGAGUACACGCGCGCGCGCGCGCGCGUGUGUGUGUGUGCGUUUGUGCGUGUUCUAUCUGUGCGUGCGCGCGUGAGUGAUAUGUCUCCGAUUCGGGGCUCUCGUUGUAUGCGCUCGAUGGUCGAGCAUCGUCGCGCACACGUCGCCGCACCUACGUCGGGCGGCGCCGCGAAGAGAUCGGCGGGCACCGCCGCCCAUUAUUAAACGCGGACGCUCUCGUCGCUUUCGUGCGAGGAGAACGAGACGCGGAAGGAAGCGGCCGGCGGAUCGCAGAGAGCGGUGCGGCGCGGUGGUUCUCGGUGGGUGAUCAAUGAACUCUGGUUGAGUCGCGUGUGUCGAGGAGAGACGGCGGGACACGCACGCAACGAUGGCCCGGCAAACAUGAUGACAUAAUACAGAUUUAUUGAUUGUACUCUUUGAGAAAGCACGCACUAAACAAUUGCUUCGUAAAACAAAGUAAAUGAUCCAAGAUGAAUGAUAUAGACAGUUUUGGCAUGAAGGGAGGCUCAAAGAUGCCUCACAGUCAUUCGACGCCAGCUGGUGUGGAUGGAGGUAGUAGAACACCUCCUGCGACACCACGGAAGGCUGGAAAAAUGCUCGCGGUUCGUGUACAGAUGUUGGAUGACUCUAUUACAAUGUUUCAAGUGCAGGCCAAAGCACUAGGUAGAGUGUUGUUUGAUCAAGUUUGUAAGCAAUUGCACCUUUUAGAAGCAGAUUAUUUUGGUCUCGAGUAUCAAGAACCAAAUUUAACAAAAUAUUGGUUAGAUUUGGAGAAACCAGUGUGCAGACAAGUUGGCUUAUCUCUAAUUGAUCCUCUAUUGAGGUUCUGUGUUAAAUUUUAUACGCCGGAUCCUGCACAACUCGAGGAAGAGUUUACAAGAUAUUUAUUCUGUCUACAAAUAAAACGGGAUUUAUCUCUAGGUUUAUUGCAAUGCAAUGAUAACACAGCAGCAUUGAUGGCCAGUUAUAUAGUUCAGGCUGAAUGCGGAGACUAUGUGAUAGAAGAUUACCCGGAUCAUACAUAUUUAUCGACAUAUAAAUUUGUGCCUCAUCAGGAUCAAGAAUUGGAACGACGUAUCAUGGAGAAUCACAAAAAACAUGCAGGCCAAUCUCCUGCAGAGGCAGAUCUCAAUCUCUUAGAGACAGCUCGACGUUGCGAACUGUACGGAAUGAAAAUGCAUCCAGCUAAGGAUCAUGAAAACGUUCCACUGAAUCUUGCAGUAGCACAUAUGGGCAUUGUAGUUUUUCAAAAUUAUACUAAGAUAAAUACAUUUAGUUGGGCCAAAAUCAGAAAAAUCAGUUUCAAACGAAAACGCUUUCUAAUCAAAUUGCAUCCUGAGGGUUAUGGUUAUUAUAAGGAUACAGUCGAGUUUUUCUUUGAGGGACGUAAUGAGUGUAAAAACUUUUGGAAAAAGUGUGUAGAAAACCAUGGUUUUUUCCGUUGCUCUGUAGUUAAGAGAGUCGUGAGGCAGAAAACUAGAGUGCUUAGCCGUGGAUCAUCAUUCAGGUAUAGUGGCAAAACUCAGAAACAGAUUGUCGAAUUUGUUCGGGACAAUUAUGUGAAGAGGCAGACAUUUCAAAGGUCCAAUUCGUUCCGGCAGACUAGCGGUGGUAGGGCAUUGCAGGGCUCGGAGGGGGGAGGCUAUCGUGGGGCCACUCCAAGCAGCUCCCUUAUGGGCAGCUCCAGCAUCUCUGCCCACCCCCUCCUGCCCCUCGGCGAUCCUGCCCUGGCAACCCCAGCUCUGUCUCUGUCAUGCGGCUCGAUGACACUGGAUUCUCCGACGACUGUGACGAGUGUCUCGAUGGGCGGGACGAUUCACCGUCGAGAAGACACAGCUACAUCGUUUCGGACGCUUACCUCUAUCGACGUCCAUUCGCCAGCCACCCCCAGCCAGGUCCCAGCACCGCGGCAGAUGCAUGCUACCAGUCAACAACGGAUUUCAUCAACAGAUGUCGAAGCCGACAAGCAAGAGAUAUCUGAUCAACGGGAGAACAAUAAUUCUGUGUACACCGCUGAAAAAUCUUCGGAUAAGCGAACGACGAACGGCGGGGUCGAGGUGAACAACGCGGGCGUCGUAAAUUCGCCAGAUCUCAGCCCGGUGAAAAACGCGCGAAAUGGGGAAGCAGAGGAGACGGAAGUUAGAAAAACGAAGAGAUGGCCAACUGAUAAAGCCUAUUAUAUAGCCAAGGAGCUCCUCAUGACAGAACGAACGUACAAGAAGGAUAUGGAUGUUAUUAAUGUGUGGUUCCGGGAGGAAGUUUCCAGGGAAGCAGAAUUAGAAGGGGAAUCGGUGGUUUCUCUAAUCGAGCUGCUCGCCGACGUGCACGGUCCGUGCCUUCAAGAGAUGGAGGCACGCCUGGCACGCUGGGAGAGCAACGCUCGUCACAAUAUCGGCGACUUUUUGUACAAUACGCUCUUGAAUAUCCUGCCUCUCUACGACCAGUACCUCGAGAAUCUAAUUCCUGUGUUGGAAAAAAUGGAAUAUUCCAUGCGGACGUCGCGACGCUUCGAUCAACUCUGCCGAGAUUUCGAAUCGCAGAAGCAUUGCUAUCUGCCGUUGACUUCUUUUCUUUUGAAACCUUUACAACGAUUAUUGCAUUAUAACAGUAUUAUUGACAGAUUAUUAGAUCAUUAUCCGAAAGACCAUACCGAUUUUGAGGAUUGUUUAGCAGCGAGAGAUAGACUUGGCGAGACAUUACUCGAGGGACUCACAAUUAUAAACCAAGCGGAGAACCUGGUGCAAUUGUGUGAAAUGCAACGGGACAUUACUGGCUUUGACAAUCUAGUGCAAGAAGGUCGAAGGUUUAUUAGACAAGGAUGCCUACAGAAGUAUAGCCGUAAAGGUUUUCAACAACGUAUGUUCUUCUUGUUCUCGGACGUGUUAUUGUAUACAUUCCGUACUCUACAACCAACGCAAUGCUUCCGUGUACAUGGUCAACUAUCAUUGAAAGGAAUGAAGAUUCAAGAUGCAGAUAAUAAGACUGGGACAGAUUUCGCGUUUAUUAUUGACGGACAAGGAAAUCAGUCGUUAACAGUUGCAGCAAGUAACGAAGAAGAGAAAGAAAGAUGGAUAGAAGAUUUGAACAUGGCUAUAAUGCAAGCUGAUGCAUCAGAUGCCAAGUUGCCGUAUUUAAGUUUAAAGUCUUGUAUUUUAGGUUCAGCCGAUGAAGUGGGAGAUGGUGUAGGAUUAGAAGUAGAUCGAACUAGUUGCGGAGGUGCAAAAGCUUCACAACGUAGCAAUACUACAGUUCAUGUUUGCUGGCAUCGCAAUACAAGUAUUAGUUACAGCGAUCAAUUACGAGCAUUUCAGAAUCAGCUUAGUGGAUUUCUUCUACGGAAAUUCAAAAAUAGCAAUGGUUGGCAAAAGCUUUGGGUUGUAUUUACCAACUUUUGCUUAUUCUUCUACAAGUCUCAUCAAGAUGACUUUCCCUUGGCUAGUUUGCCAUUAUUAGGAUAUACUGUAUCCACACCGUCGGAAAAAGACGGGAUUAAUAAGGAUUUUGUAUUCAAGCUACAAUUCAAGAAUCAUGUAUAUUUCUUCCGAGCAGAAAGUGAUUAUACUUUUGGAAGAUGGAUUGAAGUCAUUCGAAGUGCAACUCAACAAAGCCAUAUGCCCACUAGCAUAAAUGGGAAAGAAGAAUAUUAGAAUUAAAUCUAUGCACGAUAAUUAAAUAAUUAUUAAGAAAUGAACCAUUUAUUAAGGAAUUGUGCUAUAUAAUAUGAUUUUAAGAUGGUACGUAACGAGAAAGUCUAAAUCUUUGGCCUUAUUAUACAUGAAAUCAAAAAUCGCGUGUAUGUGUAUCUCGGAUUUUAUAUCCGAUCAAAAUUAAUCAGUUCUCUGGAAGAAUAACUCAUGUUUAAUUACAUCUUCUACUAUUAUGUAAAUUAUGAAUUUACACACUAAUAAUAUCUUGCAAGCAUUUAUUAAAACUAACUUUUUAAUCAUAAUUCUUUUAAUAUUAUAUUUCCAAAUUUGAAUUAUUCUUCUGGAGAGCUUCACAAUUUUGAAGACAGUUAAAAAUUAUAAUACAGAUAAUAAAUAUAACGAUAGAGAUAUUAUAGAAAAUUAGAGACAAAAAUAUAAAGAGAUUUUAUGUACAAAUUGCAAAAUUUUUUGAUAUGUGAUUUUUAUGCUUUUAAUAUAUACUUAGUAACUGGCAUUAAAUAUAUUUAGUGAUGAGAAUCUCGAUAUUAUGUCACAAACUUAUGGAGAAUAUUAUUCGUAAAAGAGAAUAUACAUAUAUAAAAAUAAAUAAAAAUUUGUAAAUACAUAUUUACACAUAUAUAUCACAAUCGCAUAUGUUUAGAAAUUUUUUAUUGAAGCUUUUUUUAUAUCUGUUCUAUAUUGGGCGAUACUUGCGUGGAUAAUUCGCAAUCGAUUAUAACGAUAUAAAAGUAUACAAUGUAUUUUUAGACAUUUGUCUUUAACAACAAAGAUUUUGUUAUAAAUUUUAUGCAUUAUACAUAAUUGACUGAGUCUGCGCUCUUAUUCAAUGUAUAUAAAAUUAAUAUAACAUUAGAAUUGUAUCUAAUAAUAUAUUUACAUUAGCAG